AUGCAAACUCGGCUUGCAUCAAUAAAGCCGAGUUCUCCUUUCAAAUGGACCACUACCAAAAAACAGCUUCGGGACCAGGCAAUUAUCACCUCCCUCAACACGACUCCGGCAACAACCGAAACCAACAACCACAAACCUAAUCAACAACAAAACACACUCAAGCCCACCGGAGGAGACCGACCAUCCCCAACCCAAAGCAGCAGACGAGAACCAAGGGAGGGGAAGGGAAAGAAGCGUAAGAGAGGCGCUUCGCCCUUAUUUCCAGGGUCAUUAAUCAUCAUGAGAUCAGAAUCUUACUAUAAUCUUUCCUACUUCAACUUCAUUCCCCUUCACUCACAAACCUCACCAUCUUCUCCUUCAGCUUCCUCAACCAGUAGACCACAAAUAGUUGGCAACAAUAAUCCCACUUAUACCUACAAUACUCCUCCAAAAAAAGCCCUUCCUCUCCUCAACACCCUAAAUCUAAUUAGCCCGGAUGCCAUAAAAUCCGAAGAUGAAGAUAAUUAUAAUAUGGGCAUAUCACUAGAGAUAGGGCUUCCUAUUAGGCCCAGCACUAGGGCUUGUGAUGUGGAAAUACUCUCCGGACUGCCGUUAGACAUGGGCCAUCAGUAUUGGAUUCCAACGCCUCACCAAAUCCUUAAUGGGCCUACUCAAUUCACUUGCCCCCUUUGUUCCAAGACUUUUACCAGAUAUAAUAACCUCCAGAUGCAUAUGUGGGGUCACGGAUCGCAAUUCCGGAAAGGCCCGGAAUCUCUAAGAGGCACACAGCCUACAGCAAUGCUGAGGCUCCCGUGCUACUGUUGUGCACCGGGUUGUAAGCAUAACAUUGACAGCCCGAGGGCCCGAGCCCUCAAAGACUUCAGAACCCUCCAAACGCACUACAAAAGGAAGCACGGGGCAAAGCCUUUCAUGUGCCGAAAAUGUGGGAAGCCGUUUGCAGUCAAGGGCGACUGGCGGACGCAUGAGAAGAAUUGUGGCAAGAUUUGGUACUGUUUUUGCGGUUCGGAUUUUAAGCACAAGAGGUCACUAAAAGACCACAUAAAGGCCUUCGGCCGAGGGCAUGGAGCAGAUGGGAUUCAAGGGUUCAAUCUCGACGAGGAGGAUGAGUCGAUGUCGGAUAUUGAGCAAGCUGGAGAGUUUUCUGAUCCAAUGUGAUCGAUUUAGUAUUUGUAAUAGUUAUUAUAUGCAUGCAUGUGGAGGAUUUAAUUGGAGAACAAAG